AUGGUUCGCAUCGCCGCAUUCAGCCUCAUCGCCCUGGUCGCCAUGACCGGCUUCGCCGCCGCCGGUAGCGGACACCACUACGACUGCAACAAGUGCCAGCUGACUGCUCGCUCUGACAAGGCCUUGACAAAGAAGGACGGACUCAAGUGUGUCAAGCAGCUCGCUGGCCACAUCACCGACUUCUACAAGGGAAGCUCCAAGACUGAGUACAAGCUCAUCAAGCACAAGGCCCUGAAGAUCCAGACUGACCAGGGCGAGCACGACAUCGUCAAGGGCGUCGACUUCAAGGACCUUCAGUUCCACCCCGACUCGGUUGGUGGCUUCACCAUCAGAAACUUCGAAUGCGAGAACAACCUUGAGGGACUCGCCAUCUGCUCCAAGUGCGAGAAGCACUAA